GAGUUGAAACCAAGCGACCAGCUAUGUAAGGUUCUUAGAUUCCGGCAUUUACCGAUUCCCAACUCAAAUGCCGUCUUCAUCGACCCGGUUAGCGUGUUCAACCGAUUCUACUCCCGGUUUAAGGUAUCUCCUUCUGUCUGCUACUCCCGUUUCUUUGAAUCCAAACACCCCACUCGAGAAUCCGCUCUCUCCUCCAAUCCAAAGAAACGGAAACGAAAACCGAAGAAACAACCUCACUCCCUCCAUGAAAAAGAACAAGCCGCCGAUCAACGCCACUAGGAGGCGAGGCCUGUGUUGUUAAAGGCGCAUGAACUUUUACUUGGAGCGGCUGAUUUUUCAGCGAUUAUGAGCAAAUUCAGGAGCGAGUUUUGUUCUUCGACGGAAUUAUGCGGCGGCGAAGAACAUUCGUUCAUUGAGCUUGGAAGAGUGUGGCAAGCUCCUUUACAAGAUACAACUCUCGAUUUUAAACUUAAUCGGUUGACAAACGACAGUGAAAAUGGAGGUUUGGUUCACUGAUUUAAUGAUUAAAGUAAAGUGUUAUUCCCUUUUUUCAUUAUCAGAGAGAGAUGUUUUAACAGAAAUUUCCAGUUCAUGUCAUUUGGCUAUAAUAAUAUCGAAUAAUAAAUAACGUUUCAAGUGAUUUUGGAUUAUAAAAUGUAUGGCACUGUAUGAAUAUUAUAUAUCAAGUAUAAAUUUUUUUUAACGUUGUUACUCCUAUGAUUACAUGUACACAAGGAAGAACAAUGAUGGCAUUGUUCGGGAAGUGGAAGACUGUAUCAUUAUUUAGUGGACUUUUGGCCAUGAUCACACAGGAUUAAAAUAAGUUUGAGAUUUUUUAGUUGAAGGAGGAUUGCAGCCACGUGCGAAAACUAGCAGUUCAUGGAUUCUUCUUGGAUAAUCUGCCGACCUUUGAGGUCAGAAUUCAGCCCGACGAGGGAUGACUAAAGGUAAGAAAUCCCUUUCAAGCACGUAAAAUAGGCUUUGAAUUGAACCACCUCGGACUCCCCUGCUGGUCUAUAUAGGCGUGGCAAAUUUGACUUCUCAUGUCAAGUUCCUCCUCCUUAUCUAUUUGCGCCACCAAAAAGUCGAAUCCAAAAACAAAGGCCUACCUUUCCAACAUUCACUUGCAAGGAAAUGUUUGCCUUAACAUUCUUCGCGCAGACUGGAAGCCAGUUUUAAACAUAAACACCAUCAUUUAUGGUUUAUAUCACCUAUUCACGGUGUAUAUAUAUCCUUCUUUCACCUGUAAAAAGCUGUUGAUUUGAUCCUUAAUUGAUUAAACUACCUGUAAUUGUGCAUGUUUGAACAAGGAGCGACCCAAUCAUGGAGAUCCCCUGAAUAAGGAUGCAGCUGCAUUGUUGAAGGCUAAUCCAGAAAAGUUCGAAGCCAAUGUGAAAGAGGGUAUUAGCUGGUGGGUAUGUUGGAGGAGCCUAUUUCCAUGGAUGUACAUGAACAUCCAAUCUGUAAGCAGCAGGAACAGAGUAAAACAAGUGACGUGGUGACGGUUGUUAUAUUUAAUUUUUAAUUUUUAUACUAUUAUAUAUAUAAUAUAUAUAUCCUUAUAAUUAUCAUUUAAUCACUUUUUAUUUAAAAUCCUGAGUCACAAGACGUAAUUGGAUUCAUUUUCUUCGUUGUUUUUAAAGUUAGAACUGGAAUGAUUGAUCAGCUGGAGAAGAGGUUAUGAAAUUGGCUAAGAAGGAAUCCACUGAUGUUAAGACCCUUCUACGAGACCGGAUAAAACUGAUGAGAUGAUAAUCUGUCUGACACGCUCAUAUCCGGUGUGGGUCCCAUAACGACUUGGUCCCACCUGCCUUUUGUACAAAAAUUAUUUGGUCAUUACUCGUAACGUACGUGGAACUUUCACGCGCCCACCCCCUUCGCACUUUUUUCCCGCCUCCCCAGCGAAGGAAAAGCGUAUUCCUCGUGAGCCUCUGCACUGCCCUUUCCUUCCUUCUUUCCUUCUCGUUUUUUUAGUGAUCCUCUACGUCGCACCCAACGCUCCCCAAAUCUGCACCGUCGCCGCUGCUGGUAGAGUCAGAGAGAUGACGUCAGAUGGUGCGACGUCGACCCCGGCGCCGAGGAGGAAGCCGUCGUGGAGGGAGAGAGAGAAUAAUAGGAGAAGAGAGAGGAGGAGGAGAGCUAUUGCUGCUAAGAUAUAUACUGGGCUUAGAGCUCAAGGAAAUUACAAUUUGCAGCACUGUGAUAACAAUGAGGUUCUGAAAGCUCUUUGUACAGAGGCUGGUUGGGUCGUUGAAGAAGAUGGCACUACUUAUCGGAAGGGAUGUAAGCCACCUCCAAUUGAUAUACCAGGCAGUUCAGCUAAAAUUACUCCAUUUUCUUCGCAAAAUCCGAGUCCACUAUCUUCUGCCUUUCCAAGUCCAAUUCCUUCCUGUCAAGUCAGUCCUUCCUCCUCUUCCUUCCCUAGUCCAACUAGGCUUGAUGCUAAUAACCCGUCUAGUCUCCUUCCAUUCCUUCGAAGUGCCAUUCCUUCAUCUUUGCCUCCUCUCAGAAUCUCGAACAGUGCCCCUGUGACGCCGCCGCUUUCAUCUCCAACUUCAAGAAACCCUAAGCCAAUUCCCAACUGGGAAGCCAUUGCUAAAGAGUCCAUGGCCUCUUUUAACUACCCUUUUUAUGCUGUAUCUGCUCCAGCUAGUCCAACCCACCGUCAUUUUCAUGCUCCCACUAUACCUGAGUGCGAUGAAUCUGAUACAUCCACUGUUGAAUCCGGUCAGUGGAUAAGCUUUCAAAAGUUUGCACCUUCUACAUCUCAAAUGCCGACUUCUCCAACAUUUAACCUUGUGAAACCUGUGGUUCCACAAAGUUUGCCCAAUGAUUUAAUCAUGGAGAAAGGGCGAGGUUCGGAGUUUCAGUUUGAGAGUGGACAGGUGAAGCCGUGGGAAGGAGAGAGGAUUCAUGAAGUAGGACUGGAUGAUCUGGAGCUCACGCUUGGAAGCGGGAAGGCUCGGUGUUAAACUAAGUGAGGCUAACAGUCAAAAUGUUGUUCUGAAAGUACGUUAAAACAGAAUAAAAAGCUGUUUUGCUCAUUCCCGGUUCACACAGUCAGAUAUCCAAGGGCAUUCUCAGUUCGGUUGUCUCAUCUAUUCAAUGAAAAGUGGACAUCUUAAACCAAAGGUGGGAGGAGUUACAUUUUCAUCUGCGACUGUUCCUUUUUUUUUUUUUUUGCCCUUUUUCAGUCAGUUGAUGCUCACAUUCCCUGGUUGAAUUGUUAGGGAAUUGGGUUGUUUUUACAAGCAUUACCUGUAGAUACUGUGGGAUCUUUCUGGUUGUGAUAGAGUUCGUUUAAUCUUUCCUUUAGGCUUUGUAGGUUUGGGUAAAACCUCACAGAAUUAAAUUAUUUUUAGUGGUUUGUAUUGUUAAUGGAUGUAUCAUGUUGUUAAGCAAAUUUUUCUUUCUAUUCA